AUGAUACUAAUUUUUCUUUUGGUUGGAGCAACUCUGGGAAUUGAAAGCGAGAGAAAACUUACAUUAACGGAAGCCGAGCGGCUUAAAGGUGCAGCUCUCUAUGAAUACCUGAAAAAGCAGCCAAAACAUUUUCAGGUUGGCGACUCACCAAGAGGCAAAGAAGGCAUGAAGAACUUGAUAGAUCCAAGAUACAUUCAUGCUGAUAGAGGUGCACCAAGAGUGAAAGUUAGUCUCGCUGAUGAAGAGCUUCCUGAAAAGUAA